UCUCCAUGAAGUUGUAGAACAACUUCUCCCCCGCCAACACCGUAUGCACUCCAGCCCGCGUGGUCAUCACUCCCCUCGGGCGCCCCUUGUACUCCAUAGUGGAUACGUAAGUUGGUCUCGUGAGGGAACAAAAAUGCACUUUCCAGACGGAGUUUGACGAAGCUGCCGACUUAUCCUUGCGCCUGUGGCUAUAUAACAUCCCUAGGGCAGGCACUCUGAGAACGACAAAAAGAUUCCAAGUCAAGAAGCCUCAAUCGACCGCAAGCAGCACUCAGCACUUGCCACUCAUCACUGGCAUCAUCGAGCCUGUCUUCACACCACCUGCAUUUCCCGCCAACCCAGAUUGAACAUGCUCAGAAUCAAUCAUCCUUACGCCUGGGCCUUUUGUGCCUUUGCCGCACUGGGCGCAUGCCUGUAUGGUUAUGAUGGUGUUUACUUCAAUGGAGUCUCUUCACUGGACGUGUUUAUCCGGCACUUUGGCACCAAGACGGCAGAUGGCACCUACAAGAUCACACCUUCCCAGCUCUCCAUCAUGACCUCGAUGAUCAAUGUUGGUGAGUUGGUGGGUUCCUUGACUGCGGCGCCAUUAAACGACUACCUGGGCCGAAAAAUGGUCUUUCUCAUCGCCACGGUUACCAUCAUCAUUGGUGUGGUGUUACAGCUGUCUUCAAACUCCAACCGAGGGUACAUCACCGGUGGACGUGUCAUCCUUGGAUACGGUGUUGGAUCAUUCUCGUCCACGUCACCACUCUACAUGGGCGAGGUCGCACCUACAUCCAUCCGCGGACCCUUGCUCAUGUGUUGGCAAUUGACCUUGUCGGUGUCGCAAAUCCUGGCGGCUGCGAUCAAUCGUGGCUUGUACAAAAACCAGACCAUUCUCGCUUACAAGUUCCCCAUUGGCUUUCAGCUCCUGUUCCCGGCCCUGGUACUGAUCUUCUGGUACUUCGUGCCCGAAUCUCCUCGCUGGCUGGUGCGCAAGGGAAGGGAUUCCCAGGCUGUCGUCUCUCUGCACCGCAUCCAUGGAGAGGACAAGACUUACGACGCCUCGACCGACAUGGCGGCACUUCAGGCCAGUCUUGCCGCCGAAGUCGAACAAUCGGCGCAGUCUUCGUGGUUUAGCUUGAUCAAGGACCCUAUCGAGCGACGAAAAGUCAUCUUCUCUGCCGGCGCACUGGUCGCUCAACAGAUCAACGGUAUCCAAUGGUUCUACUACUUCGGCACCGUUUUCUCCGAAGCCAUCGGUCUCAAAGAUCCAUUUUUGAUGACACUAAUCGUGUUCAUCAUCCAAGUAGUGGUUGUCCUGGCGGCAGUGCUCUUGGCCAACAAGAUUCCGCGUCGGCCUUUGCUUCUCAUCACAACAGGGAUCAUGACGGUUUCAAUCUUCAUCGUCGGCUGCCUCGGUAUCCCUGGAGGCGAUGUCUCUCCCACCUUUGGCAAAGUCAUUAUCUCGUUCGUCAUCAUAGAGAUAUGCGCAUUCAACUUUUCGUGGGGCCCAUUAGGCUGGACAAUUGCCUCUGAAAUGGCAGUUGGUCCUAACAGGAACAAAAUCUAUGCUAUCGCUGUGGCCUCGUUCUGGAUCACAGUGUGGGUCACGGUCUUUACGCUGCCUUACCUGUACUAUUCUGCCAACCUUGGCCCUAAGACCGGGUUCAUCUAUACGGGUCUGUGCUUUGUGUCGUUGGCGUACGUAUACUUCUGCGUUGGGGAGGUCACAGGUCGGACUAUGGAGGAGAUCAACGGGUUCUUCAUGAACGGAAUCCCGGCCAAGCAAUGGAAGCAUCAACCCAAGCUUGGGCGAUCAGACGAAGCUGAUACAAUCCAGUCGGUCUCCCAGAAAGUGACGAAAGAGGAAAAGGACGUCGUGUAAGCGGAUGAAGGAUCGACUCGUGAAUUGUGAAUGGCUCCUGAAGUUGUUAUCUGGUUCGAGAACAUG